AUGCCCCCGCCGACUCGCACUUCGGUCUCGGCGUCUCGCCGGCCUGACCCAGAAAACACAGAGGGAGGCGAUGUGGCGGCGAUGGAGCCCCGUUCUGUCUCUGACGGUGCGGCGAGGCCGGGGAGAGGAGAGCGGCGCGGAGAACUCGAGCGGAAAGAGCGUGGAGUCGGAGCGGAACGAGCCUGGAGGCCUGUGUCUCGGCGUGAUUCAUCCCGCAGAGUCUCGCCUGCAGAUGAACGCCGUGGCAAUCGAGAGGAAAAAGGGGGAGACGCUGCGCAUGUCGCUUCUCCAUGCAGGGAGGGAGGAAAGAAUGGCGAGAGCGACUCGGAGGUGCCGGAAACCCAGGCAGUGUCUGAGGAAGCACCAUCGGCUUUGAAUCCUCUGGCACAUGUGGACCCACGCAAGAUUCAGCCUUCCAGUCUUCGCGUUCAAAAUCGUCCCGGUGGGGGCGUUUCGACGGAAAAGAGCAGAACGUCCGCUCGAUUCUUUGCGGGCCUUGCCGUCGCCAUGGUGUUGUGCGUCGUCGCGUGUCUGUAUCUUCUUCGGGAGAAACCAAACAACCCGCUCGGCCUCCUCACGCACGCCCCGUUCGAAGUUGCGUGGGUGUCGCGGGCGCUUGCGUCUUUCUUCUCUCUGUCUGUCUCUCUGGGCGGCUCCCCUACCGUUUCUUCCCUUUCUUCGCUCUCUGCCUUCGGUCGAGACCGUCAUGUCGCCGCCAGUGAAGGCCAAGCCUUCGAGCCCAGUCUUCUGGGGAACCUGUCGGACGCCGCCGUGUCCCUGCCGUUUUCGGCCGACGUGGACGCUGCGACGGGCGUCGACGCAGAUUUCUUGGACUCCCUCUCGCCGUGGGAAGUUCGCGAAUUCUUGUUGGCCGACGGCUGGUCGGAGACUCCGAACCACCGGUCGGCGCCGCUCGUCCUCCCCGACAUCCUCCCGCGUCUCCCGCGGGCGGGCGGCGGCGAGCAUCUGCGGAGACACCACCACCUGAUCGACGGAGCGGCGUCUCCUUCGCUUCCCGUCACUGCGGAAGUGGCCUUGGAGCGAGGUCGGCAGUUGCUGACGGCGAACGUGUACGAAGAAGCGCGGCUGGUGCUCGACCAGGCCGUGCGCGAGGGACACCUGACGCGGGCGGUGCGCAUGCACGGACAGUUUCUGUACCCGUGGAAGCUCUUCUCGGACGCUGAGCGCGAGGUCUUGCGUUUGACGGCAGACCAGGUUCGCUGGUUCCCCAAGUGGGUGAAGAAUCACCGGAAUUCGCAGCGCGUCGAACGCAGUGUGCUGGACGCCUUCCUCCCGGUCUUGCCGCCGCAGUUCACGGACAGGUACGGCGGCCCCGGGAGUCCCGAGGAGAACCGGACUCCCGGCAUCCGCUUCACCUGGCUCGGCCACGCGAGCGGCUUGGUGAACGUCGACGGGCUGAAGAUUCUGAUCGAUCCGAUGUUUGACGCGGACUUGAUUGGACCCUACAGCGAAUGGCUUCGAAGCGUGAUGAAGUACAUUAGCUCCCUUUGCGGAUCUCUCGGCGAGCGACACCGGAAACCGCCAUGCGAGUACGACGGGCUGCCGUCGGACGUCGACGUGGUGCUGCUGAGCCAUAACCAUCCGGACCACAUCAUGGAGCACGACGCGCACGCGAUCUGUACGCAGUACGCGAAGAAGUUCCGCCGCGCGCUCUGGUACGUCCCGGAAGGCGUCACCGGGUUUCUCCGCCAGCAGGGGUGUUUGCCUUCCUCGGUCUUCGAGUUCUCCUGGGGCGAGUCCAGGACGCUCUCGUGUCACGCGCGCCACGGCCGGCGUGUGUGCAGCGACGGCGUGUGGCACAAGCGGCACGCGAAGGCCGAAACGUUCAAGUUUACCUUCACGGCGGGCGUCCACUGGUCCGGCAGGUCGCCGUCCAAGAUCGAUCAUAACGCGUCGCUCUGGGGCGGGUUCGCGGUUGCGGGGCCGAAACACAAGUUCUUCUACGGCGGCGACACGGCCUACUGGCGCCCAGACUUCGACGAGUACCGGAAGAUUGGCCAGGUUCUCGGUCCGUUCCACUUGGCGGCGCUGCCGAUCGGCGCGUACGAGCCGAACGCGGAUCUGCGGUAUCAACAUGUGAAGCCGUGGGAGACGGUCCAGAUGUUCCACGACGUCCGAGCGGAGACCGCCGUCGGCGUGCACUGGGGCACCCUUCGUCUGUCCGCCGAAGAGUUCUUCGAUCCGAUGCUCGACCUCGAGUGCGCACUCUUGAACGUGAACGAGGAAGACUGCAAGAAGACGACCGAGCUCCAGCACCGGUACGUCGCGGCGCACGCCCUCCUCACGCACUUGCCCAAGGGCGUUGAUGCCGCGAGUUCCAGUCCCGCGAAGGAGAGCGAGGCGUCGGGGACUGCAGCGCAGGGGACGAGCGACUGGGACGUCUUGGAGAGGCCGGCCAGCAGCGGGUCUGCGGACAAGUAUCGGAGCCGACGAAGAAGUCCGAGUUUCGGCGACGACAACGUCGAGGCGGUGCCGUCAGCAAACCUGAAUACCGGCCCUGCCUUCGCGUGGGACGCGGAGCGGUCGCAGGCCGUGGGCGAGGCGUCGAGACACAAGAACUGGACCGAAAUGUUUUUCUCGCACUCGAUGGACGACUUGAUGAAGGACGAGAUGGGACGGUCUGGGCGAGACAGCCGAGGGCGGUACGGCGCGAGCGACGGGAAAAGCGAGGGGAACGGACCGUACACGGCGUUCCCCGACGACCUUUCCCUCUCACCUUCCCAGUUCGACUCCAUGGCGUCGAGUGAAUCCGGCGCUGUGGACGGAAUGCACGCAAAGAAACGGAAGGAAGUGAAGUUCCAGGGGAAGGGGGCGCGCGAAAAGAACGGCGUGUCCGACACGAACGGGGAAGCAAAUAACUACGGAAUUGAGGAGAGAGUCGCACUAGCCGGAGGCCUCCCGCCGCUCCCUGAGCAGGCCAAACUGGUGGCCGACCUGUUGAUGAAACUCGAAAACAUGAUGGUCGCCCAGGCACACCCGUAUCGCCACGCUUCCAACAUUCAGCGCCUUCUGCGGUCUCUGAAACUCCAAGAUGCAGGCGUCCUCGCCGACGACGAUGCCUGGAAAGAACAGCUCCUCACCGACGGGGCGCGGUUCCAAACGCUCUUCGUGGGACAGUCCCUUCAGGUGGAAGAGGCGGAAGGAAGCGACUACCUGCUCAUGACGCGCAGCAGCGGGCUCCAACAUGUCUGGCCUGAAGCUCCGAACGAAAGCUACACUUUCACGUUCAAGCACUUUGAGAGAGGUGGGGCGCGAAAGCAACGGCGGCGGGACAAGGAUCCAGGCGAUAUUUUCCCGAGUGUCUACUCCUGGCGAGACGGUCAGACGCCAGAAGACGGCUUCCCGUCUUUGAGUUCGGAGGAACCCGGCCUUUUCAUCUAG